UCUGCACAGGCCGGAGGGCGCGGAGCCGGCUCGGGAACCGAUGGAAGCGGCCUCGUCGCUGCCCCCGGUCUAUGUCUGCAGCCCGGAGUACCUGGCGCUGUGCGACUCGCUCUGCAAAGUGCCUAAACGGGCCAGUAUGGUGCAUUCUUUGAUCAAAGCAUAUUCCUUACUUGACCACAUGAGGAUAGUCAAGCCCAAAGUGGCUUCCAUGGAGGAGAUGGCAAGCUUUCACACUGAUGCCUAUCUGCAGCACCUCCAGAAGGUCAGCGAGGAGGGGGACGAUGACCACCCAGAGUCCGUGGAGUAUGGACUGGGUUAUGACUGUCCAGCCACUGAAGGUAUCUUUGACUAUGCAGCAGCUGUAGGAGGGGCCAGCAUCACAGCAGCCCAGUGUCUGAUGGACGGCAAGUGCAAGGUAGCGAUUAACUGGCCUGGAGGGUGGCAUCAUGCAAAGAAAGAUGAAGCUUCUGGCUUUUGCUACCUAAACGACGCCGUCCUGGGCAUCCUGUGGCUGCGUCGGAAAUUCGACCGCAUCCUUUAUAUUGACUUGGACUUGCAUCAUGGGGAUGGUGUGGAAGAUGCCUUUAGUUUCACCUCCAAAGUCAUGACUGUGUCUCUGCAUAAGUUUUCACCAGGAUUUUUCCCAGGAACAGGAGAUGUGUCUGAUGUUGGCCUGGGGAAGGGGCGAUAUUACAGUGUCAACGUACCUAUCCAGGAUGGCAUUCAGGAUGAGAAAUAUUACCAGAUCUGCGAGACUGUGUUGAAGGAGGUGUACAUGGCAUUCAACCCAGAAGCGGUAGUCCUGCAGCUGGGAGCAGAUACGAUAGCCGGGGACCCCAUGUGUUCAUUUAACAUGACUCCAGUGGGGAUUGGCAAGUGUCUGAAGUAUGUUCUCCAGUGGCAGCUGGCUACUCUCAUCCUGGGAGGAGGAGGCUACAACCUUGCCAACACAGCCCGCUGCUGGACAUACUUGACCGGGGUCAUCCUGGGGAGAACGCUACCCUCCGAGAUCCCAGAUCACGAGGAUGUUUCCUGCUGGGUUCAGACACAGAAAGAUUCACUCUUCUCGUCUGCUGGAGAAAUGAAGGAGUGUGUGGGUGGCCAGGAGUUUGCUAGUUUUUCACAAAGUAUGGUCCUGAUUACGUGCUGGAGAUCACACCGAGCUGCAGGCCAGACCGCAACGAGCCACACAAAGUCCAAGAAAUCCUCAGCAUCAUCAAAGGGAAUCUGAAGCAUGUGGUUUAGCUGAAAAGGAAAGCUCAUGUUUCCACAACAGUGGAGCGUUUCCUGUGCCAAAGACAGUGUGUUUAUGUGAGCAGCUUGCGGACUUCAUGGCUGCAGGGGAAAUUUGGAAGAAAUUAUUUUUUUUUUGACGUUUCCAAGCAGCAGUGAGUGGCCCCAGUGCUGGGGGGUAGGGGAGCUCCCAACUUCCACCCCCUUGUUCCAACAGAUUCCGGCUUAUUUUUUACAAAACUGCUUUUAUUCUUGCAGAUGAUUUUUCUAAUUAUUUUUUUUAAGGGAGGUGGUGGGUGAGGGCCGCUCUGAGCCACAGACUCUCCACAGUCUGGCACCUGUGCCACUUGUACUGGGCCGCCCUCCUGGUGGGACCACAGGCUGUAGGUGUAGACGCUGUGACAUGAACUCCAGAGGGGAUACAUUGAGCGAUAGGCACAGGGCCUGUAAUCCUGGCUGCAGCCUUAUCUGGGGAGGGAGCCACAAACGUGUUUUUAAACAAAUAAAAGAAUUGAAAUAUU